GCGCCGUCCGCUCCCCAGGCCGGUACCGAGAGUGCGGGCCCGCUCUCCGCUUCCCUCAGGCUGUUGUUUGGAGACCACCUCCCAGCCCCUGGUUUCCUCUGCUGCCAUGGCUGAUACUAGUGACCUGGACCAUCAGAUAGAGCAGCUGAUGCGCUGUGAACUCAUCAAAGAAUCAGAGGUGAAAGUGCUGUGUGGCAAAGCCAGGGAGAUUCUCGCUGAAGAGAGCAACGUUCAACAAGUGGAUUCUCCAGUCACUGUGUGUGGAGACAUCCAUGGGCAAUUCUAUGAUCUCAAAGAGCUCUUUAAAGUUGGAGGAGACAUUCCUGAAACCAACUACCUGUUUAUGGGAGAUUUUGUUGACAGAGGCUUCUACAGUGUUGAGACAUUCUUGCUGCUAUUAGCACUAAAGGUUCGCUAUCCCGACAGAAUCACACUAAUCAGAGGGAACCAUGAAAGCAGGCAGAUUACCCAGGUUUAUGGGUUUUAUGAUGAGUGCUUGCGCAAAUACGGAUCGAUAACAGUGUGGAGGUACUGCACUGAGAUUUUUGAUUACCUCAGCCUUUCUGCUGUUGUGGAUGGGAAGAUCUUCUGCGUUCACGGAGGCCUAUCUCCUUCCAUCCAGACCCUGGACCAGAUCCGGACAAUAGACCGGAAACAGGAAGUGCCCCACGAUGGUCCAAUGUGUGACUUGCUGUGGUCUGACCCAGAAGACACCACUGGCUGGGGCAUCAGCCCCCGUGGAGCUGGCUAUCUCUUCGGCAGUGACGUUGUUGCCCACUUCAGUGCUGCCAAUAGCAUAGACCUGAUCUGCCGUGCCCACCAGCUGGUGAUGGAGGGAUACAAGUGGCAUUUCAAUGAAACUGUUCUAACUGUGUGGUCAGCACCCAACUACUGCUACAGGUGUGGAAAUGUCGCUGCAAUACUUGAAUUGGAUGAGCAUUUGGAGAAGGAGUUUACAAUUUUUGAAGCUGCUCCUCAGGAGUCUCGAGGGGUGUCAGCCAAAAAGACAGUCGCUGACUACUUCCUCUGAAGGUGUGCCGUAACGUCCUGGAACUUCACUAUGAACACUGGGCCUGCAAUGGUGAAAUAGGGAGGUGAUGAAAUAGUGUAUUAUAUUUGUGAAUUGCCCUUACAUUCCUGAAGACACAGACUAGGCAAUCUGCCUGCCUCCUGGGGAAGUGCCCACCUUGCCCAGUGCCAUUGCAGUGUGAGGCCGUGGUGAUCUCUUGCAAUCCUUGUGGUUCUUCCUUAAAUUGGGGGAAGUGAAAUCAGUGAACUUUGGAGAAAUCGCGUGCCUCUUCGAGCUGCAUAGCAGUGCUGAAGAAAUGAUUUGACCCCUGGUGACUGCUAGUUUCCUCUGGGUCAAAACAAUUGGCACUUUUUUUUAAGAGUUUUUAAAAGAUUUUUUAAAAAUAAUCGCUAUGAAAUUUCCUCUCUAUGCUAUGACCUGUGAAUUGUUCCUUCCCCCAGACUUCUCAAGAAUUCUAGUGACUAGGUUUUACUUUUGCAGGGAAAACCAACUUGUUAAGCAAUAGUGUUAGUAAAAUUUUGUCUGGAAAUUCCCUUCAGAAAUGAUUUGUAUUUCGAAGAGCUACCUUGUAGUCUUAAUGUGUUUCUUUUUAUAAUUUACUCCUAACUUGCUGCUGUGCAAAACGAGUUGGAUCUUGUACUGGGCUACUUGAUAUGCUCUGUGAAUCCACUGUGCUCCAUUCAGCACCAGGCUGCGUGAAUGGUGCAACUGAAGAACCAAGUCCAUGUAAUUUGAUUUCUCUUUGCACUUCGUUCCCUGAUCUAUGGAAACCCCCUCUGUCUUGGUCUAGAGCUCAAAGUAUGUAAACCUUCCACACUUGCAUCCCAUUGGGACCCUAUAUAAAUUGCAGUGUUUAGGGGAAAUUGGUUCUGAUUAAAGCAUCUAAAAUCUGGCACAGAAAUGGGGUGAUUAAACUGGAAAGUGUCCAGAUGCUGACUGUGGCCAGUUUAUCCAGUCUAACGAGGAGGGACUUCAGCAUCCAAGCAGCACAAGAAGUAGACUCACUAGUGGAGGUGUCAGCUUGUGUUAUAACCCUAGACGAUGCUAUUUCUAAGCCUGCUGUAGUAGGCUUGAUUCCUUCCUGUUGGCUUUGGAAGUGUUGGAUUGAUUAGAACAUAUUAAAUUGUGAGUAGGGAAGUGAUCUGUGCAGUCCUGGGCUUGUGUGAGGCACUUGUACCCUGUCAGUCUGUCACUUCACUCGUCCAACAGUGUGUAGCCAGAUUGCAAUGACUGUGAUUAUUGUUAAUUACCCCUCAAUUCUUUUACUUUCCAACCGCCAUUUCUUUAAAUUGUUUUGAUUUUCAGAGCAUUAAAAAGGAAAACUAAGACAGGAAAUACUUUGUGUUUAACAGGUCUUGUGUUUUUUUUUGAAAGAGUGUAUGGGGGUGGGGAGGUAGUAAAGUGUGACUGACCAAACGCUGAGAAUCCAGGUUUGGGUAGGAGGCGAUACUGCAUCGAAAGGAAGUUGCACAAGUUCGCGUUGCUCAAGGUGCGAGAGGAGCCCUUGGUUGCAAGCAUGUGGAACAGGAUCUAACUGCAGUUGAACUGUUUGCUGUUCCUCUGUCUAGGAGUGCUGCAUGAUCAGUGGACACGUGGGCAGUAAUAAAACAAUGCAGAGGUACUCAGCAGAUCAGGCAGCCUCUGGAGAGAGAAACGGGGUUAUUGUUUCGGAUCAAUGGCCUUAUUUCAGAACUGAGAUGUUAAUGGUCUCUCUCUCCACAAAUGCUGCCUCACCAGGUCCUCUAGCAUUUUGUUUCCAGAUUUUCAGCAUCUAUGCUUUCCCUUUUAUUCUCCACCAUGGGUACCCUGGGAGAAGGCCAGUUCUUUUGAUGGAGUUUCUUCUAAAGCCUCUUCUGAUGGAGUAACAGGCACUGUGGGUGGGGGAAGAGGAGGAGGGGAAGGGCUGUCCAAAGUACAGUGUCCCUGAUCCAGAGUAACUUGUGUUUCCCAGAGGAACAUCUGCUAACGUGUAGAGGACUCAGGUAAGAGGUGGACAGGAACCAAGGUGUUCCCUCACCAGGCAGCAGCAUGAGUAAUUGCUGGCUCCUCCUAUGUGCCAAUGACUUGCCCUGCUACCAGAUUAGGAGCACAGGUGCUCUGCUUCCUCCGGACCUUGGUCGUCUGUGAUGGAACAGAACGUGUGCAAAGCCAGCUCCCUGAUGUGGCCUCUUCACUCCAGGCUGCCUUGCCUUGCCUUGCCUUUUUCAAUUCCACUCCACCCCUACUGCACAUCUACUGAAAAAUGCUUGAAUUUGCAGAUGGUAUUCCGUAUUGACGAGCAGCAGCAGUGUCUAGAUCACUGCCUCCUUUUGUGGAGUGUCCUCACCUGGAGCCACCACUACCGUUGCUGUUUGUUAAACAAUGUAAACUGGUUUCAGUUCUCAACUCUCUCAUAACUGGGCUUUGAAUUCUCCUGGUGUCUUCCCUUCUUUGGCCAGAUGUGAAACCACUGGCAGGAACUCUGGUUACAGUGAAUAAUGUGACUGGAACCUGAUAUCUGACCUCCAACAGUGCAGAUGAGCACUGAGGGCAUCUACCUUGCAUGGUCUAAAGUUCAGUAAAACUGUUUGCUUCUAUAUCUCUCUUCUCGCAUCUCCUCCUCUCAUCACUCUCUUGUGACUUUUGCCUGAUGACAGAGCAGUUUUGGAAUGUCUGAAGUCUCCCUUGAUUUUUUUGAGCCGUGAUUUAAAGUUCUGAUAAGGCAGUAGGAGAGGAGAAAAAUCUCCAGUGUGAUGCACUGAGAUUGUUUUUGCUUCCCAGUAGCUCAGGAGGGGGCAGUGUGGUUCUGAGAGUGUGAGCUGGGGAUUGUGGUGAGUUUAAAUGUAUUUAAUUGAUGAGGACUGCAAUCCUUGUAACUCCUGACCAGUGUCUGACUUUUGUCAGCCAGCUGCCCCCACUCAAGAGUGGGGGAUUGCAAUUGCUACAGUACCCUGGAAUUAAGGGCAUUGAAAAGAAUCUUGGGUCUGAUCAUCCAAUGACCUCCUGUUAGCAAGAAGAAACAGCAGAACCAAACUCUAGUUAAAAUGCAAUUGAGCAACUCGAGUGAAUAACAGAUGUUCAGAGCAGUAAUACAAACUGAGCUGGAGUGGGCUGAUUAAACCAUUGAGCAUUGGUCAAUCAGAGGACGAGUCCACCCAAUAACCUGCACCCCGUUCAGGUUUGUCCAGUUGGCCAGGGCCUCUUGCUGCCCCACUGAACACUGUCCAUUGGUGCUACAUUGUUGUAACAGUGCAGAGCCAAAUGGGCUGGCUGCAGGUCACCAUUCCAGGGAGAAGCUGAACUAAUAACUGCAGAUUCUCACAGGCCAACCACUUCUGGAAUUGCCAAUUCAUUUAAUCCAUUGAAGUAGUUUUGCAUAAAUAAACCAGUGGUGAAAAUGCUGUUAUUUUUGGACUAAUUUAUAUUCUACUUCCAAAUGUUUCAAUGGAGUACUUACUUCUCUUAAAUAUGCUGGAUUUCUGUACUAUAUAGGGCCAAGACCACAGAUGAGUGCCAGCAAGACCAGUAUUGUAUUGGUCAUCACUACCAGUUGUGAAUAGGAAUUUGUUACAUCAACUAGGUGAUUUUUUUCCAACCCCCCCCCCCCCACCCCAAAGUGUGUGGCUUUAAAUA